UCUGCGACGAUUGUUUGCGCUACACAAAUGCUGUCAUUUCAGUUCAACGGCAAAUUCACUAAAAUUGCAACAGCCAUUGAUAGUGAAUAAACGAGACCAUUGGACUAGCUUAAAGUCACGAAUUCAAUCCUAUCUGAAUCGCAAUAUCUACCUGGAGUGGUAAAACUCUUGGAACAUUGUCAAUGUUUUACGUUGAUCUGACAACUCGAACACGAAAUAUACACAUUUUAUACACUUUGUAUCGUAUUAUUACGUAUUGACGCAUCGAAAUAAACAAGCAAACAUUCAGAAAUUAAAAUACCAAUUUUUUCGUGAAUAGUAUGCAUUGGAAUUGAUUUCAGUCACUUCAACGAUUAUUUCCUUUGUCUGUAACUUUAAAUAAUUUUCAAGAAAAUGGGAAAUUGGUUGUCCGGUCUGAUGGUAAAACAAAGAUCACAUUGGUUGCCCGCAUCAAACGGAUAUGUUCACGAAGGAGCUGUCAACGCCAGUACAGAAGAUAGUCCACGAUAUGUGAUUCGUGUCAAUCACAAUGGUAAUUGGAUUCCAGGCGAACUGAUUCCGGACGAAGGCGUGGCAUACAUCUGCGAUGGUGGAGCCGCACAUCGAUAUAAAACCUACGAAGUUUUGGUCGACUGUAAUUCCAAAUGGGUUAAAGCAAGUAAAGGCAGAAUUGAUAAGGCGGCUGACGCCAUAACAGCUGGAGUAAAUGCUCACAGAGAUUUUUACAUUGGUCGCGUAAAACACGAAGGGCAUGUUAGAAUUGGUAAAGUUGUUCCCGGCAUUGGUUGCAUCAUACCAGAUGGUGAAGAAGAAUUGGUCUUACAAUCAUAUGAGGUAUUGGUCUGUGAAAAUGAUAUCUUAUAUUGAAAAACAAGCAACAAGUUUCAGAAGUUUCAACUGCACAAGAAGAACAACAACUCUCACCACUAAUGCUUAAAAUUAUUUAAAAAAAUAAAUAAAUAUGUCGUCUCUUCAGAUUAAAAUUAUUGAUGAGUAACGAGCACCGUUAAAAUCCACUUGAAGCCAAUAAAAAAAAUAAGUAUAAAUCUUUACUGAAA